UAAUAAAAAACAAACACCGAUGGCAAAUGGCGAUUUACAAUUUGUCAAAAAUAUUUCUGGACAGGUCAUAAAAAUUUCAGUGAACCCGUUUAAUGGAUAAACAAAACAAAAGAUACGAGCAAAGGAAAGCAGGAAGAGUUAUAAAAGACAACGGCGAUACUAAAAAACUAAUUGGAAAAGUAAACUGCGAUAAGUCCUUCCCGCCGGACCGCGGCGAUUCCAACCAAAGAACGAUACAAAAAAACGAUAAAAAGAAAGAGGACAAACACGAUACUGUUGGUGCUCCUUGUUCGAGAAAACCUGAGAAACGAGAAGCGAAGAUUUUGGACGCUAAAGAUAAGAAGGUUAUCAGAGAAAAAUAUACUUUAAGGUUAAGAAGUUUGAACCAUGUGAAUUCAGAAUUGUCUAAAAAUGAAAUUAACGCCAGUAAACAGGUUGAUUACAAGAAUGUUGAAAAGAUAAAAAAGCCGCUAAACACCGAAACAGAAACGCCAAAAGUGAAAGAGAGUUAUUCGAACAACUCGAAAAAUUCCGGCAAAUCCGAAAAACCGGAAUAUGAUACAAGACGUAAACCGGUUAUCAAAACAAUAAUGUCGAAGAACGACACUAUGAGGAUCUUCAAGGCGGUCACUUUUGUCGACCAGAAAAAAAAACCAAUGACGCCUCUAAAAAUAAACAUACCAAACGAUAUUAGCAAGAAACCGAAGCCUAUCGAGACGUUUAAGCCUAAAGUAAAAGCCACUGUUAGCCGGGUUAGUGUUAAAGAAAAGCCGGUAAUGAAAAAGACAGGUAAAUGUCGUAGAAUGAGAAGGCAUGUGACGUCACCCGAUAUGUCGGUUACACGUCGGGUCCGAUCGCCUCCGACAGAAGUUGCGAAGUGGGCGCCAACUUCUAUCAACCAUCACACAAAGCCGUAUUACGAAGCCUGGGUCGAUACCACUUUGACGGCUUUUUCGAAGAAUAACAAGGAUCAACAGUUUUUGGAUAAGCAGGCGAUUAUUAGGUCUUUUAAAAGGGCGUUUGAGGAUAGGCCUUUGAGUCCCGAGUUGAUGUAUGAGAAGUUGUCCGAUGAAAAAUUUACUGGUCGUAUUAAAGUGAGGCUGAGAUGAUUUUA